AGCAAGCCAACGCGUUUCGCCGAAAAUUCGGAAGCGCCAGAGGUCUCUCCUAGCCUCGCCUCGCCUUCUUGCGCCGCAAGAAGAAAAGCAGCAGCAAAGCAAGCCAGCCAUGGCCGCCGCCGCUGCGUCCUCCGCCGCCUGGAAGAGGUGGAUCCGCCCCGAGGUGUACCCGCUCUUCCUCGCCACCGGCGUCGCCGUCUCCAUCUGCGUCGGCCAGCUCGUCCGCAACAUCACCGGCAACCCCGAAGUCAGGGUGUUGAAGGAGAAGAGGGCGGCCGGUGUGCUGGAGAACUUCGACGAGGGGAAGCGCUACUCGCAGCACGGCUUCAGGAAGUUCAUCGACGGGAAGCGCCCCGAGAUCAUGCCCGGCAUCAACAGCUUCUUCUCCGACCCGCCCAAGUACUAAGACCGUGUUGUUGGCUGGUGGGAUUGAUUGCCAUAUGCCACCGUUUUGCCGGAAUUUCAAUUCAUAUGCAUGUUUCAACAUGUUCGAAUAUUUGAUUUGAGCGUAUACAAAUAUUGGUCUCUGAUCUGAAUAAUAUUCAUCAGACAAAUGCGUAUGCAGUUUUGACUUUUGAUUGACGGAAA